AUGCCUAUUCCUAUCAGCACAAUCACUUCCUUCCGCACAACUUUCAACCCUUUCACAGCAGCCUCCCGACCCUGUCGGCUCUUCCUCACUCUGCUGCGCACACCCACUACAGUGCCGACGAGCAGCCCCACGCAUAUCGACAUCAAGGUUACCCAAUUGCCGCGCAACUCCACACAGCUGCCUGUCAUGACAGUGGGCUUCAAGGGCGGCAAGGAAUUGACCCUUGAGGUUGGCAAGCGAGGCAUGAAGAUUGGAGACGUUGUUGAGGAGGUUUCGCGCGUUGGGCGUCAGUUGGAACGUGAAGCUAGUUUGAAGGGUUAA